AUGGAAGCUGUGCUUCUCUGCUCCAAUGUUGCUCCUCGAGCAACGCCGUUGGAAGUCAACCGAAAGUUUUCGUUCAGGCAUUUGAACAAACACCUUAAGUGCCAUUCGCUUCGUGCUGAUUCCAGAAACACUCCGUUACUACGCAGCUUCGAAGCGACUACGAGCUCACCAAGCUUGAGAUUUUCUCCGUUCCCAGUGAGAAAAGGUUCAUGGGUUCCACCAAAAUGCUCGAUUUCAAGCUCCGCUGUUUCCGAUUCCGAGAAUCCUUUCCUCAGCCAAUUCCGUCUCCUCUCGUUUAGCUCACUGGUGAGUAAAAUUCGUCAGCUGAAAGUGAAGCCCAUGGAUGUUGUGAAAUUGACUCUCUUGCUAUCGAUUUUGUCCGUGGCUGCGAAAAAGAUUGCGACUUUGGUCUUGGACCCGUUCUUCUGGAUGUAUUUCAGCUGGACAUGGCUGUUCUGGCCCUGGUUUAUCGCUGUGGGUCUCGCCGGUUACGGAAUCUACUGUCUCCGUAAGCAAUUCCUCGGCGAAGCCAAUUCCUUUGAGCAGCUUGGUAUUGUAACUUCAGUCUUCACAUGGCUAACACUCGUGCCUCCUGCUUGUUUCAAUGGCUAUCUUGAAGGCUGGCCUUUUGUGUUCUUCUUGGCUUACCAUUACUUCUUCUUCUUCAACGUGAGCGUGAGGAAACGCCUCUACGGAGAUCACUACGCUCGCACGCAUGACCCCAAAUGGGAUGUGAACACGCCCUUAUGGUCUCGGGUUUUGUUCGGUAUUGGCAUCAUGGUUGGACACUGGCUUGCGGCGUUCGAAGGUCCUGAGCUUCACCGUUUGCCAGGCGGUUGGGCCAAUGCAGGGAUAUGGGUUUUGAUUGUGGUUACAAUGCUUAUGCAUUACGAUUCAACGCUGUAUCUCGCUAGAUAUUCGGAAAAAGUUGUUGUUCCAACGGAUGUUGUGCAGUUUGGUCCUUAUAGAUGGGUCAGGCAUCCGAUUUAUGCUUCUACGAUGCUUCUCUUCGCUACGUACUGCACCGCUCUGCGUGCGCCUCUGAGCCUGUUGUUUCUUGUAGCGGUUUGUUUGGUGUACUACAACAAGAAGGCGAAGGUGGAGGAAGAGCUAAUGGUGGAGAGUUUCGGUCAAAGCUAUUCGGAUUAUGCUGAUAAGGUUAGGCACAAGUUUAUUCCUUUUGUGUACUAG